GCACACACAAAUACCACACACAAACAUGCCUACAAACGAGAACCAAUCUUUACGGACGACUCGCCUCGCGUUCCCGCAUUUUCGGGUUAGCUUCCCUGCGGACGGGGUCCUUCUAGUCACGCUGGACCGCCCAGACAAACUCAACUGCAUUGACCGGCCGACGUCAUUAGAACUGGAGCGCGUAUGGGAGCUCUUUGACAGCGAUGACUCGCUGCAAGUGGGCAUCAUCACCGGCAAAGGCCGAGCAUUCUGCACUGGCGCCGACUUACAUGAAUGGAACCAGAUGAAUGAAGCCGGGAUCCCGAACGACAUGAGCGCACCAGGGCUAGGCGGGCUCUGCCGCCGCGACGGCAAGAAGCCCAUCAUCGCCGCCGUCAACGGGCUCUGCAUGGGCGGCGGGUUCGAAAUGGUCGCCAAUUGCGACAUUGUGCUGGCCUCCUCGUCCGCCAUCUUCUCCCUACCCGAAGUGCAGCGUGGGAUCGCGCCUGUGGCCGGUAGCCUUCCGCGGCUAGCUCGUGUUCUUGGGUUGCAGCGUACCAUGGAUCUUGCAUUGACGGGACGACGAAUAACGGCCGACGAGCUGCGGGCCUGGGGCCUCCUUUCGACAGUGGUUCCGGAUGAACAACUGAUGACCUCGACCCUUGCAUACGCCAAGCUCAUCAGCCGCAACAGCCCAGACUCCAUAAUAGUCGCUCGCCGCGGCGUGCGCAUGGCGUGGGAGCAGGGCAACGUUGAGGCGGAGGUCGACGAGCUCGCUAAUGCCUGGUAUCCUCGGCUCAUGGCAGGGGAAAAUUUUGCAGAGGGAAUUAGGGCAUUUGUCGAGAAGCGAGAGCCUCAAUGGAGACCUUCCAAGCUUUAACUAGCGCAAAGAAACAAAGAAAAAAACAACUGGUGGCUUUUUCCAUGUGGGUGGGUGGAACUGGGUGGGCUGCAAUCUAAUCAAUCAUAUCAUAUCAAUCUAUUACCCAAUUAAGGCAAGGCGCU